AUGUUUAACUUUCUUGAAGUUAAUUAAGAUAAAGUAAGUCAAGGCAAAGAAAUUACAUAAAAAAAAUUUGUACUGCAGAAAUAACUGAUGAAGUAUAAAAGGAACUUGCUUACACUAUCAGUCAUAGAUUUUAUUCGAUUUUCUAAAAAAUAAAAAAGACUUGCUUAAAAAUUGUGGAUUCACUUGCUAAAGAUUANAAAAAUAAAAAAAAUAUGAACUCAAUGGAAAUGUGAUUUAUAGAAUCAUAAGGUAAUAUGGAGUACAGAAAGUCUUGCUUAGCUCUUAAGAAUUAUUUAAAGGAUAAGUAAAUCCAGGAGAUUAUAAAUUUUUCUUUUCUCUACCAACCAAAGAGAACAUGUCAUCAAGUUUCUUCUACACAAGUCAAGAUGGUAAUAAUUAUUGGAUAUGAAAAUAAAGGAUUAAAAUCUGGAAAAUGCAGCUAUAAGAUAACGCUUCAGAUUGAAAAUCUAGAUGAGUGUCUUAAUAUUCUGAAAGAAAGUGCAGAAGUAUAUAUAAAUGCAAGAGUGUAAUCUAGUGUAGAAAUUCAAAGACAAAGUGAGGCCAAUAUUAUAUCAUAUUUUUGCUUAAAUGGAGGAAUAGCCUAUUUGUCAAUAAAGUUAAAUAAAUCUAAUUUUACACCAGGAGAACAAGCAAUAAUUGAAUAUCAAAUUGACAAUUCCUUCUCGUCAAAAAAUAUUAAUAGGGUUGAAAUAAGACUGAUUAACAAAUUAUUGUUCAUCGAUGAUGAUUAAGUUGAUAGAUUAGUUUUAAACCAAGUGGUUUUCUCUAAAAUCCUAUCAGGGGUAAAUUAAGGAUAAAGAUUAGAAGCACAAAUCGCUUAGUUUGAAAUCCCAAAAAACUUAAAAGCUUCUGUAAGAAAUCAAACGAUUUCGAAUCAAUAUUUCUUGCAAAUAGAGGCUCUCAUAGUAUUUUAUUUGAUUUUUUGAAAUUAGGAUCAACUUCUAAUUAGCUUAUCAAAUCCAAUCCUCUGCCAAAUACCAAUCAACAUCUAAGAAUCUCGAUUUCAAUAGGUUGUUAAUCUAGAUGGAUGGAAUUUCGUUCCAAUUUUAAACGCUAGUGUUAAUGCUUUUUCUAAUCUAACUGUUCAACAAUCGUUUAUUCCAACAUGA